CAUGAGAAAAAUGAAAUCACUUCACGUGCACUUCGCUCUUUUUGUAUUGUGCUCUGCGACGGGGCAAGUUUUCGAGUUGUACAAAUUUGCUGGCGUCGGGCCAACUAAAAUAGGAAAUGUAGAUAACCUUUCAAAGCUCUACCUGGCAUCCUCUGACGAUGCUCAAGUGUUAAGCCAAAUCACCAUCACAUCAAAUGGGCAAACCAAGACAUUGGAUCAGCUUCAAGCUAAUGUCGAUGCAAAUGGCUUUCAAAAUGGAUUCCCGGUCAAUAGUGACCUAACAAUUUCAACAGCAAAUUCACAGGACACAACUGUUAAUUUGAGUGGAAUCUUAUUCGUUUCAAGUCCAGAUAUGGCAAAAGAUCCUAACUUUCUGGUAUACGUGGUGGCUGAUCAGGUGAGAACAGUAGAUCGCUCGACGAAUGAUGAGACGACUCUGGUCUUGUUGAAUGUUCGCAAUACCAGUCGAGCUCCAUAUUACAACACUAGAGUGGAGAGCAUCAAUCAGCCAAGUUCCACUAACCUACUAGUGUACCACGGAGUCCCUGAGGAUGGAUACACGGAUCCCAAAUUCCAGGAGACCAGCAGGCAGCUCAUUUUCCAAAAUCCAGUUAUCACUUAUUUUACUGGAACAAUAAGUUCCAUGUUUUUUGACCACAUUGAGCCGAUCCAAUACACGCUGCGAACGUGGCAUAUUCGAGCGAUCGGUGGAAUCAGCUUUAAGGUUUCCCAACAAUGGGUAGACAUGUCGACGUAUCAAACAACAGCGGCGACCACGACAGGGUACACAAUGAGUCAAAGUGUCAGUAACAAUUCAACCGUUAACUUUAAGUAUACAGAGAAUGCUGGUGACGGUGGAAUGUUCGGUUUUAUGAUCAACACUGCGGAUAAGCAGACUGAUAUGAAUGUAACCAGCUGUUACAACACGGAUUGCAUCACUGAAAAAUUUGUUCAAACAAUGCCAGUGUACACAGAUAUUUUCCAGUACCCAAAGAACUACACGACUUUGUACAUGGAUCACACGAAUACGAACGAAGGAAUCUUCUAUCUACAGUAUUGCAGAUCAGAGGCCGCUGUCGGGGUCAGCUCCACAACUCCGGCGUCUAUGGAGACUACAACAAAAACCUCGGCGACUAUUUCGCUUCACAUUCUUCUUAUCAUAAGCUUAAUAUCAAUGAUUUCAAUUCUUGUGUAAACAUGUGAAAUCGAAGAAAUAAAUCAGCAACUCG